AUGUGAUUAUUGUUUAUUAUUAAUUGAUGACUUUUAUUUUGACAGGCGACAGGAAGUCACACCUGGAAGUGAUCGUCUUCAGUGUUUUCAUCAAAAUGGCGUCCGGCUCGUUGAGUCCCGUCAGCGGCAGGUUUGAACCUUCAGAGCCGCCGUACGUCCUGAUGAAGAGCGCGAAGCGAGCUGCAGACGGCCAGCAGCUGAUGGCGUGUAAAGAAGAGGUUCCCUCCAGCCUGGACCAGGAGGACCCAACAGAACCUCCACACAUUAAAGAGGAGCAGGAGGAGGCAUGGAGCGGUCAGGAGGAGGCGACAUCACUUCCUGUCCCUGUGAAGAGUGAAGAUGAUGAUGAAGAGAAACCUCAGUCCUCACAGCUUCAUCACAUGGAAACAGAAGCUGAUGGAGAGGACUGUGGAGGACCAGAACCAGACAGAACCUCAGAUCCAGAACCAGACAGAACCUCAGAUCUAGAACCAGACAGAACCUCAGAUCCAGAUGGCCGUUUAGAGACUGAAGACUUGUCUGAGGCGGAGGUCAGUGAUGACGACAGAGAAGCUGGGUCAGGUUUGAACUCAUUUACGUGUUCUGACUGCGGGAAGACGUUUGGCCACAAGACGAACCUGAAGAGACACCUGAGGUGUCACAGCGGGGAGAAACCCUUCAGCUGCUCCUUCUGCAGUAAGAGCUUCACCCGGCGGGAACAUCUGAUCGCUCACACGAGGUGUCACUCUGGAGAAAAACCCUUCAGCUGCUCGGUGUGUCACACCAGCUUCAGUCACAGCUGGUCGCUGGACAAACACAUGAGGGUGCACACCGGGGAGAAACCCUUCAGCUGCUCGCUGUGCGGGAAAAGCUUCAGGCAGCGCUCGGAUUUAGUCGCUCACUUCAGAAUUCACACGGGAGAGAAACCGUUCAGCUGCUCGGUGUGUCACACCAGCUUCACUCAGCGCCACACGCUGGUCCAACACAUGAGGACACACACCGGGGUCAAACCCUUCACCUGCUCCGUGUGCGGGAAGAGGUUCUCACGGAAGGGUCACAUGACGAGACACAUGGCGGCACACACGGGGGAGAAACCGUUCAGCUGCUCUGUCUGUGGCAAAAGCUUCACGUGGCAGUCUCAGUUCAAACGCCACGAGUGUGCAGACAGGACGUGAAGCUGAAGCUGUGUACACAC